AUGGCGCUCGUAUCGACAAAGAAAGACCAAGAGGUUGAUUAUACAAUCAAGCCUGAAGCCUUAACUCCAGCCAUUGACACCAGCAACUGGCCAUUAUUGUUGAAAAACUAUAACAACUUACUUGUUCGCACUGGACACUUCACCCCAAUUCCCAAUGGCUGCACACCGCUGAAGAGAGACCUCAAGUCCUACAUCAGCUCUGGUGUUAUUAACCUCGAUAAACCUUCCAACCCUUCCAGUCACGAAGUUGUAGCUUGGGUUAAGCGCAUGUUGAGAGUUGAGAAGACUGGUCACAGUGGUACUCUCGAUCCAAAGGUUACCGGAUGUUUGAUCGUCUGCAUUGACCGCGCAACAAGACUUGUCAAAUCACAACAAGGAGCAGGAAAGGAGUAUGUGUGUGUUAUCAGAUUACACGACAAACUUCCAGGUGGAGAACCACAAUUUGCGCGAGCCUUAGAAACCUUAACUGGUGCUCUCUUCCAACGUCCUCCUCUUAUAUCUGCCGUCAAACGUCAACUCCGUAUUCGAACAAUCCACGAGAGCAAAUUGUACGAAUUUGAUAACGACAGACAUUUGGCUGUAUUCUGGGUCAGCUGUGAAGCUGGUACAUAUAUCCGUACUCUUUGUGUCCAUCUUGGAUUAUUGUUGGGUGUUGGCGCACACAUGCAAGAGUUGAGAAGAGUAAGAAGUGGUGCCAUGGAUGAGACCAAAGAUAUGGUCACUCUUCAUGAUGUUUUGGAUGCACAAUGGAUGCAGGACAACGCACGCGACGAAGCAUACUUGAGAAAGGUUAUUCAGCCAUUGGAGACCCUUCUUACUACAUACAAGAGAAUUGUGGUCAAGGAUAGCGCCGUCAAUGCUGUCUGCUAUGGUGCCAAGUUGAUGAUUCCUGGAUUGUUGAGAUACGAGGCCGAUAUUGAGGUUCACGAAGAGGUCAUCCUCAUGACCACCAAGGGAGAAGCCAUUGCCCUUGGUAUCGCCCAGAUGUCCACCGUUGAACUUUCCUCAUGCGAUCACGGUGUUGUUGCCAAGGUCAAGCGUUGCAUCAUGGAACGUGAUCUCUACCCACGCAGAUGGGGAAUGGGACCAGUAGCAAUCGAGAAGAAGAAGAUGAAGGCUGAUGGUAAACUCGAUAAAUACGGAAGACCAAACGAAGCCACCCCUGCCAAGUGGAACACCGAUUACAAGGAUUUCACCGCUCCUCCUGGGGAUGGAACUGUUGCUAUUGCAUCUCACCCAAAACUUGAAGAGACUUCAGUUGCUGCUCCUCCAGCCCUUGCACCAAUCGAUGGAAACGCUGCCAAUGAUGAUGAAGAUAAGAGCGACAAGAAGAGAAAGAGACAUGACGGAGAGUCAGCAGAAGAAAAGGCCGAGAGAAAGCGCAAGAAGAAGGAGAAGAAGUCCAAGAGGGAAUCAAAGAAAGGUGCCGCGGGCAGUUCUGAUAGCGAGUAA